GUGUUAUAUCAAUUGCGCAGUCUAACCAUAAUUCUUUUCUUCUCUUCGAUCUUUUCAACUGUAUAUUUAUAUAAUUCGACUUUUAAACGAGUAAUAAUUUUUUUUAUAAUAUCUCAAUAUUUGCUGCAGAACUCGCCCGCAGAAAUUCUUCCUCGAGGUAUCCUGUAGGUUAUCGUGUGAUAUCAUUUGCGAGAUGUCAGACGCCAUUUUCGCUUGCGGCAUCGGCCACGUCCUAACUUCACAGCAGGAGCAGAGGUAUAUAUUCUCGCAUAUUCGGAUCCUUUAAUGCAACGGCGACGAUAAUCUAGCAAUAUUAGUGAGUAAUCGCGAAAGAGUCGUUGGACGUGAACGGACGUGUCGUGAAAUAUAUUUUUUUGGAAAAUUGUUCAGAUUCAGAUUAUAGGGAUCUGAAAAUCAAAAAUUCAACCAGUCAAUUAAUGCUGUAUAAGCCAAGCUCGAGCAGCCAAAAAGGAAAGAAGAAGAAGAAGAAUAAUCGCGAAACAAAAAUGCCUCUUAGGUUAGACAUUAAGCGAAAGCUGACAGCCAGAUCAGACAGAGUAAAGAGUGUGGAUCUUCAUCCGACCGAACCAUGGAUGCUGUGCUCCUUGUAUCAAGGCAAUGUCAAUAUCUGGAAUCACGAGACGCAAACCUUGGUGAAAACAUUCGAAGUAUGCGAUUUACCAGUUCGGACAGCCAAGUUUGUACCACGCAAGAAUUGGGUCAUCACUGGUUCCGAUGACAUGCAAAUCAGAGUAUUCAAUUACAAUACAUUGGAACGCGUUCAUUCGUUUGAAGCACACAGUGAUUAUGUCAGAUGUAUAGCUGUGCAUCCAACGCAGCCAUUUAUUCUUACCAGCAGCGAUGACAUGUGGAUCAAAUUAUGGAAUUGGGAGAAAUCCUGGAUCUGUCAACAAGUAUUUGAGGGGCAUACACAUUAUGUUAUGCAGAUUGUGUUUAAUCCAAAAGACAAUAACACUUUUGCCAGUGCAUCUCUCGAUAGAACUGUCAAAGUUUGGCAGCUUGGUUCACCUACGGCUAAUUUUACGCUAGAAGGUCACGAAAAGGGCGUUAAUUGCGUGGAUUAUUACCAUGGAGGAGACAAGCCGUAUCUGAUAUCUGGAGCUGACGAUAGAUACGUCAAGAUAUGGGAUUAUCAAAACAAGACCUGUGUACAGACUUUGGAGGGUCACACGCAGAAUAUUUCUGCUGUGUGUUUCCAUCCGGAAUUACCGAUUGUCCUCACUGCCUCGGAAGACGGUACAGUUAGAAUAUGGCAUGCCGGAACAUAUAGAUUAGAAUCUUCUCUCAAUUACGGCUUCGAGAGAGUAUGGACCAUCGCGUGUAUGCGCGGUUCGAACAACGUCGCCAUUGGUUAUGACGAGGGUAGCGUCAUGGUGAAGGUUGGCAGAGAAGAACCAGCAGUUUCGAUGGAUUCAUUGGGCGGAAAGAUCGUAUGGGCGCGUCACAGCGAAAUCCAGCAGGUGAACUUGAAGGCGUUGGGCGAGGAGGCUCAAGACGGAGAGCGGCUACCGUUAGCAGUCAAGGAUAUGGGCGCCUGUGAAAUUUAUCCGCAAACCAUACAACAUAAUCCGAACGGCCGUUUGGUGGUAUGCGGUGAUGGGGAAUACAUCAUAUAUACGUCCAUGGCAUUGAGGAACAAGGCAUUCGGACAGGCAUCGGAAUUCGUAUGGGCAGCGGACUCUAGUCAGUACGCGGUGAGGGAAAGUAACACGACGGUGAAGGUCUUCAAAAACUUCAAAGAGAAGAAGAGCUUCAAGCCAGAUUUUGGAGCAGAUGGUAUCUUUGGCGGAUUUUUACUUGGUGUAUCUUCCGGAUCUGGUCUCUCGUUCUUCGAUUGGGAUACGUUGAAAUUGAUUCGUCGCAUAGACAUACAACCGACACACGUGUAUUGGGCUGAAAAUGCUUCCUUGGUAGCACUAGCUACGUCUGAUCAAUAUUUUAUACUAAAAUAUCAUGCUGAUGCUGUUGCUAAUGCUGCGGAAAAUGCUGAGGACAUCGAGAAUGCAUUCGAGAUGGUAGCAGAGAUGAGCGAAGUAGUAAAAACUGGUUUAUGGGUUGGCGAUUGUUUUAUUUAUACCAACAGCGUUAAUCGCAUUAAUUACUUCGUCGGUGGUGAAAUUGUCACAGUUUCCCAUCUGGACAGACCGAUGUACUUAUUGGGAUAUGUACCGAGAGACAAUAGAUUGUAUCUGUGCGAUAAGGAACUCUCUGUGGUCUCGUAUUCUUUAUUAUUAUCAGUGCUCGAGUAUCAGACUGCGGUCAUGCGAAAAGAUUUCGAGACCGCUAACAGAGUAUUACCGACCGUCCCAAAGGAACAUCGUACACGAGUAGCUCACUUCUUAGAGAAACAGGGUUUCAAAGAACAAGCCUUGGCAGUAUCGACAGAUCCCGAGCAUAGAUUCGAAUUAGCGCUCGCGCUUGGAAAUCUCGUGACAGCGCAUGCGCUCGCCAAAGAAGCAAAUAGCCAGCAAAAGUGGCGGCAGCUGGCUUCUCUCGCUACGCAAAAGGGAAAGUUGUGUCUAGCGCAAGAAUGUCUGCAUCAAGCGCAAGAUUUCGGCGGCUUGUUGUUACUAGCGACCAGCACAGGAAAUGCUAAUAUGAUAGAGAAGCUCGGCGCGGUCGCGGACGAAACGGGAAAGAACAACAUCUCUUUCUUGUCGAACUUUAUCCUAGGCGACGUGGACAAGUGUCUCGACAUCCUUAUUAAAACGGACAGAAUUCCGGAAGCAGCGUUCUUCGCUAGGACGUACGCGCCUAGUAAAAUUUCCUCUGUCAUCAAAUUGUGGAAGGAGAAGCUGUCGACGGUGAGCGAGAAAGCCGGACAAAGCCUGGCGGAUCCCGAACAAUACGAGAAUCUUUUCCCAGGGUACAAAGAAGCGCUGAAGGUAGAGAAGUUCUUGCGCGAAGAGAGCAAAAAGAAGAUUCCAGCUUCCGCAUUUCCUGCUGUUACGUCUAAUGUUGAACGAAAGCCAUUGGAGGAAAUGUUAGCUGCUGAACAAUCUGGCACGUUCCAAUUUAAGGACGGUGCGACUUUUGAAACGCAGUCAACUGAAGCAACAAUCGACAGAUUACAAGAUCUUUCAAUAUCGGGAAAAGACAGUUUUUCAAACGAAACCUUUAAAACGGCUACUUCUACCGUGCAAUCAGCGAUACCUGAGAAAGCAGCGACGAAGUCGGCGAGUAAUUUCAGGCCCCUCACAUUGGAUGAUGAUGAUCUGGACGAUGACUUGGGGAUCGAUGAUAAUAUCGACACUACAGGUAUUAAUCUCGACGAUGAUCCUUUCGACGACGAAGAAGAGGAUUAAUUAUCGAGAUACGAGAUGAAUAGCGUACACAAGUAUCGUUUAUUCUUCUUUCGUCAAUCAUCAUUCCCCGCAAGAAGAGAGAAAAUGAGAGUAAUUUAGAAUCAAGUAUUAAAAUUAUGAAAUUUUAUUUUGUGCGCAAGUACGUUUAUAUUACAUAAAUUAAUAAGAGUGGUACUACGUAUAAUUGCCGACUACCAAUGGCAUUAAAGAUUAAAUAUAUUGUUAAUAUAACAGAAAGUAUAGUA